AUGCUGAACGUGCGGUCAGCCUCCCAUGCUGGCAGUUGGUACUCCGCGUAUGGAAGCACCUUGGAGAGGCAGCUCAAUGCAUUCUUUGCUAAGGCCAAAUCCAUAUCCCAUUCACUAAGCGGAGAAAACACCCACCAAUCAAUCCCAGGGGCCAGGAUAUUGAUCGGCCCCCAUGCUGGAUAUCUGUACUCCGGAGAGAGAUUGGCUGAAGCCUUCAACGUGUGGGACACCUCCAAGGUGAAGCGUGUAUUCAUGCUAGGACCUUCCCAUCAUGUCUACUUCAAAAGCAAAGCGUUGGUGUCCAGGUUUGAUGCUUACGAGACUCCCCUUGGUAAUAUUCCCGUAGACACCGAGGUGGCAAAGGCUUUGGUUGCUGGGAAAGGCUUUAGGUACAUGAGUGAGGAAGUAGACGAGGAAGAGCAUUCGUUCGAAAUGCAUGCUCCGUUCAUCUACUACGCCACUCAGCACUUGCCGCAAGGAGUCCCAAAGAUUGUCCCGAUCAUGAUCAGUGACAUGGACGACAAACUCAGUAGUACUAUUGUGGAGGCCCUUCUCCCAUUUCUCGAGGACGAAGGUAACCAUUUCAUCAUCAGUUCUGACUUUUGCCAUUGGGGGGCUCGUUUUGGCUACACCCAGUACUUGGCUGCAAACACCCCACUUUCUGGAUUGGCCACCUUAACUAGCUCCCGUCAGGUAACCACCCCAAUCCACAAGUCCAUAGAAGCCCUCGACAAGGCUGCCAUGGAGAUUGCUUCCAAGGGGGACUCCCAGCAAUGGGAUGAGUAUAUCAUCACCACCGGUAACACCAUCUGCGGUCAUAUGCCCAUAUCGGUGGUGCUCAAGCUAUUGGAGCGCUUUGGAGGGCCGGGUUUUGAAUGGAUUGGUUAUUCUCAAAGCAACUCUGUCAAGAGCAUACACGAGACCAGUGUCUCCUAUGCCUCGGGAUAUGUCAAGAUAUAG